AUGGAAACUGAAAAUCAAAAAACUAUGGAUGAAAGUUCUAAGAGAAAAGAAGAAAAAAAGAAGCGAUCACGGGUCAAACAGGUGCUUGCAGAUAUUGCUAAACAGGUGGACUUCUGGUUUGGAGAUGCAAACCUUCACAAGGACAGGUUUCUCCGAGAGCAAAUUGAGAAAUCUAGAGAUGGGUAUGUGGACAUCUCUCUUCUGGUGUCUUUCAACAAAAUGAAGAAGCUAACCACUGAUGGGAAGCUAAUAGCCAGAGCAUUGAAAAGCUCAUCUGUUGUAGAGUUGGACCUAGAAGGGACCAGAAUCAGGAGGAAAAAACCCCUAGGUGAGAGACCCAAGGAUGAGGAAGAACGCACAGUGUAUGUGGAGCUGCUCCCCAAAGACGUCACUCACAGCUGGAUUGAGAGGGUGUUUGGGAAGUGCGGCAACGUGGUUUACAUCAGUAUCCCACAUUACAAGUCUACUGGGGACCCUAAGGGGUUUGCCUUUGUGGAGUUCGAAACAAAGGAGCAAGCAGCAAAAGCCAUCGAGUUUCUUAACAACCCGCCAGAAGAAGCCCCCAGAAAGCCAGGCAUAUUCCCGAAAACUGUGAAAAACAAGCCUAUCCCUUCCUUGCGAGUAGCUGAAGAGAAGAAGAAAAAGAAAAAGAAAAAGGGCAGAAUAAAGAAGGAAGACAGUGUGCAGGCCAAAGAGUUAACUGAGGACACAGCAAGCAGCGAGGGUGUGUGUAACGCCAAGAGACCAAGGACAGCUUCUGAGGGCUCCGAAGAAGAAACACCUGAAGCGCCAAAGCAGCCUGCAAAGAAAAAGAAAAAACGGGGGAAAGUUGAACCGUCCAUCUUACCUGAAGUCAGAGCCGGGAAGAGGGAGAGGGAGAGGAGCAGCGCGGAGGAUGAAGACUGCCUCCCCCCCAGGCCAAAGGCAAAGAAACGGGCUCAGAAGGAAGGCCCUGCCGAAGCAGCUUCCGAGGCCUCCAAAGAAAGCAGAGACCUAGAGUUCUGCUCUACCGAAGAGGAGAAGGAGACCGGAGACACAAAAGGCGAUUCGCUCAUAAAGGUGAAAAGGAAGCAUAAGAAAAAGCAUAAGGAGCGGCAUAAAAUGGGAGAAGAGGUCAUACCACUGAGAGUGCUGUCCAAGACUGAAUGGAUGGACUUGAAAAAAGAGUAUUUGGCACUGCAAAAAGCUAGCAUGGCUUCUCUUAAAAAAACAAUAUCUCAAAUAAAAUUGGAGUCAGAAAUGGAAGCAGACUGUAGUGCACCUAGUAGAUCUGGAGUAGAGAAUGGAAAAGUGAACCAUCAAGAGGGCUCCAGCCAGGACAAGGCUAAUGCACAAGGCCCACAGUUUGUGACUGGAGUGAUUGUGAAGAUCGUGAGCACAGAGCCUCUACCUGGCAGGAAACAAGUCAGGGAUAUUCUAGCCACAAUCUCGGAAGUUGUUUACGUUGACUUGCUGGAAGGAGAUACUGAAUGCCAUGCCCGAUUCAAAACUCCUGAGGAUGCUCAGGCAGUAAUGAAUGCGCAGACUGAAAUUAGAAAGAAGCACAGUUGGAACCUCGAGGUCCUUUCUGGUGAUCACGAGCAGAGGUACUGGCAGAAGAUUUUGGUAGAUAGACAGGCCAAACUUAAUCAACCUCGGGAAAAGAAAAGAGGCACAGAGAAGUUAAUCACCAAAGCUGAGAAGAUUAGACUGGCCAGGACUCAACAAGCCAGUCAGCACAUUCGAUUCUCUGAGUAUGACUGAGAAGGACAAGGACGGAGCUCCCUUUGCGCUUCCCUCGCUGGAGUGAUCUUAGGAUGCUAGAACUGCUUGGUGGUGGUAUGCUGAAAUCUGAAUUGAAAAAAGAAGGAAAGGAAAAAAACCUACGUUCCUCACUGUGUAAAUAAAAUUUUUUCUAAUGACAAGUGCAUUGUAUGUCAUAUUUUGUUUCAAUGAAUGCCGAUACUUGUUAAGAUUAUGCAAGUCAACUUCAGAUGAUUUCAUAAAUAAAUGUGUUUUGAACAUUAUUGUUUUGUUUUAUAUACAAAAACAAUU